AUGCCAUCUACUACGGUACAACAUGGACCUACAAAUGAUGAUGUAUCCGCAAGGUAUUUUGGACCGGCAGCAGCAGCAGCAGCAGCAGCAGCAACAACAACAACGGCCACCACCCCGAGGCCAAAACCUUUGACGGUGUUAUCGAGUGGCCCUGCGUCAUACACACAACAAUUGAAAGUGGGCCACCAAAAGAUCAGUAUUGAUGUGGACCUUGCGUCGAAUUCGGUCGAAGGCGUGACCGAGGUAACAGUGCUACCGCUAUCCAACAAGUUGAAGGUGAUUAAGUUUGAUUGUCGAGAGAUGAAAAUCAACGCCAUAUAUGUCAACGGCCAUCGACAUCAUAACUACAUCUAUAACGACCUAUUGUACAUGGCAAGCGAGGGAGAAGACGAAGAAAAAGAUAAGGAAAAAGACAUAGAAAAGGAAAGGGAAGAGGGCAAGGGCAAGGACAACGGGAGCUACAAGUUGAACUUGUUUGACCUAUACACAGACAAAAUCGGCAUCCACCAGAGCCAUCUCAUCAAACUGAAACUAUCAUACAUCUUCCGAGAAUCAUACUCCACCGACGAUGAAUCAGGCACCAUUUCUACUGGAAUACUCGGGGAUACGCAAGAGCUCAAGAUCUUACUACCCGAUAACAUGAAGUUUGAACUAGUUGACUUGAAUUCGAUAGGAACCCCUCGAGGGAGUCAGCCGGGGACGGUGACCCCGUCUCACCUCAAAUCAAAGGCCACAGCGAGCGAGACGUACUCUCCCAUCGAGAUCAAAAUAGAGUAUGAACUCAAGAACCCCAAAAACGGAUUAAUUUUUGUCACAAACAACGAUCUAGAUAAGCGACUGUGGCACGCCUACACCACAAACCCCGAGUACAAUAUCAGCACGUCGUCGUGGGUGCCGUGCAUUGAUAAUUUAAACAGCCGAAAUACGUGGACUUUGGAGGUGAGCAUUCCGAGAACGUUGAAGGAUAUUGGGAACCCGAGAAUCAUUGGAUCCAAGGAGGCCAUCCAGUACCAGAAGCAGAUCAACGAGAGGUCGCGAAAGAUGAAGAUCAGCGGCGAAGAAGGAAUUGAUGACGAAGACGAAAACUCGGACUUGAUUGCGUGCACGGGCGAUUACAGCAAUACUCGAGAAACGCCGCAUCCGAUUGAUUUGUCCAAGAAGGUUGUUUCCUGGUCUAUUUUCAACUCAGUAUCCGCCCACCACAUUGGCUGGGCUGUUGGCUGUUUCAAAAGCUUUGUUUUAAACGCUGCCACCGUCCAGGAAGAAGAUGAAGCAAAUUCCCUAGAUAAUAACGAUAAUAAUAACAACAAUUUUGGUGCCAACAACAAUGGUGCUGAUGAUCACCGUCAUCAUGAUGACGAUGAUGACACCAAUGAAAAAACAAGCAUGAACUGCCCCGUUACAAUUUACGCGUUGGAGGAAGACCUAACGUUUGCGAGGGACAUCUCGGCCGUUACGAGCAGAGCUCUUGAGUAUUUUCUGAACGAGUUUGGUUCUUUCCCGUUUAGUUCAUACAGCAUUGCAUUUGUCAAGCAUCCAGUCCAGGAAAGCAAUUCUUUUGCAGGCUUAACGCUCUUUUCGGCGGACGUUCUUUACCCACCAGACUUGAUUGAACCAAUGUUUUCAACGACGGACAAAGUCUUGACGGCGUUGGCGACGCAAUGGUCGGGUGUCAACAUCGUGCCCAAUACAUUCAACGACAUGUGGUGCACCGUGGGAAUAGCCGGGUUCAUGGCCAUUUCCUUUCUUCAGAAAUUGAUGGGCACAAAUGAGUACCGGUAUAGAGUCAAGAAGUUGAUUGAGCGUAUCGUGGAAGAAGAUGUCAAUCAGAGACCCAUUGGCGACCAAUUUUUGAAGUUCCCCGUUUCCAACCAGGACUUUGAGUUCAUGCGGCUCAAGGCUCCCGUGGUGUUUUUCAUCUUGGACAAUAGAAUGACCAAAACCGACAAGUCGUUUGGGAUGUUGCGUGUGAUUCCAAAAUUGUUUCUUCAUGCCAUGUCGGGGGAGCUCCCCAAUGGCACUUUGAGCACGGAUCAUCUUCAACAUGUGUGUGAAAAAGUCAACCGAAACAAGUUGGAGAGCUUUUUUAAGCAGUGGGUAUUUGGCGCGGGAACUCCCAGCUUUAUCAUCACACAGCGUUUCAAUAGAAAGAAAGGGAUGCUUGAGAUGACUAUUCGCCAGGUGCAGCAUUUGGAAAAGGGAGAUAACCAACACAAGAUGAUGAAAAAGGAAACGUUCAUCGAUGACGCUCUUUGCUACCUCAACAACGAGCCAAGCCGUCCAAAGCAAAACGUCUUUACAGGACCCAUGACUAUCAGAGUCCAUGAGUCUGACGGUACGCCAUAUGAGCACAUCAUUCACAUCAAGGAGUUGAAAACCACGAUGGAUAUUCUGCUUGCAAAGAAGGUGCGAAAGAUUAAAAAGAAGGACGAAGGUGUUGAUCCGGGUAUAGGGUUUAAUCAAUUUGGUGAUAUUCUCCCCACUGAGAGUAGUACUGGUAACAGCGGCGGUGGCAUCAGCAGCAGCAGCGACUUUAAUCUCCAAGAUUGGGACAAAAGAGAUGAAGAAUCUUUGAGUUCGUUGCCCUUUGAAUGGGUUAGAGGUGAUGUUGAUCUCGAAUGGAUCGCCAAAGUUGAUGUCCGGCAACCGGACUUUAUGUUUGCCAGCCAGCUCGUAUACGACCGAGAUGUCGAGGCCCAAUACGAUGCCGUCCAGUUCUUUGCCAACGUGGAAAAGCCGUCCGUCAUAUACUGCACUUCCUUGUUGCGGACUUUUUUGGAUCGGCGAUACUUUUACGGGAUCAGAAUCGAAGCAGCACGUGCUCUCGCCAUGUGUUCCAACCAAGGCAAUGAGUUUAUAGGCGCAAAAUACUUGAUCCAAGCAUUCAAGUUCCUUUACUGUUUUCCCGGAAGCUUGAUCCCCAAGUCCAACGACUUCUCCGACAUCAAAUCGUUUCUUGUCCAGCGGGCCGUGCCGGGUAUUUUGAGUACAGUCACUGAUCACGACGGGAGAGUUCCUCUGGAGAUCCAGCAAUUGUUGUACAAUUUGAUCAAAUUUAAUGACAACUCGAUGAACCAGUUUCUGGAUUCCUUGUAUGUGAAUGAGCUAAUCAAGGCAUUGGUGACGAGUGCAAUCAGUGGUUGGCGCAAGAACUCGGCAGAAGGAAGCAUCAGCAGCAACAACACUGAGUUUGCCGACAAGGUGAUGGUUGAAGUAAGUAAGCUACAGAAACUAGACGAGUGGCAGCCGUCCCACCAGAGAUUGGUGCAGGUGACUUGUGUUGAGUCCAAGGUUCAAAUGGCCCUUGCUGGUGCUGCGCUGUCCUUACUGCUAGAGGAUCUCGUAAUGUUGACUUUGGAUAAAUACCCAGUCGAUGGUAGAACUGCCUCGUUCAAGGGUCUCUUGCUUUUGAGUGGGUUGAAUCUGCUGGGCAUUUUGAAAUACUUUCUGAAGGUUGCCUUGCUCAGUUUUGGUCGCCCCAACUUGAAGAGGAAACUAAUUGGUACCUUGAUUGAUGCUAUCGUCACCAUUGCAAUUCAUGGAAGCUAUACGCAAGAGAGCAGAACGCGCGAGAGAAUUCCGCUCGCGAGUGGUGGCGCGCAGGAACACCUGAGUAUGGUGAUCAUUGAGGACAGUUCCAACUCGGGCAUGCAGCAAAAGCAUGAUCAGUUGGCAAGAGCCACUAUCAAAGGUUCGAUUGAUUUAAUUCGACGUGACCUUGCCCAAAACGGCGCAUUGAAACAGACCAUCUGGGAAUUGCUUCACUCGUCGUUGCUUAGCACCUAUGAGAAACGGAACGUAUUUUUGAUUACUGCGAUUGUAUUUGAAGAAGUAGACUCGCUAAUGGUUAAAUUGCCUAUUCCAAGUUUGCCUGUUGCCGAGUUGAAAAAGAAGAUAGUGGCCAAGCAAGUCGGGGAGACGGAAAUUGUGUUUCGCAGAGAAGGUCGUUUCAAGAUCCAGUUGGUUUCGAGGAAACCUUCGCUGGCUGCGACUGCCACCAGAAAACUGGUCAAGGACGAGCCUCUGGCUCUGCAGCAUAAACCUUUGAUUAAGUUGUCAUUAAAGUCAGCACCUGCUGAUGCUGACAUUGGCGAUGACUCAGAGCUUACCCAAAACCCGGAAACCGAGCUGGUGAGAAAACAUACCACCAAGCCACAAGUCCAUUCCCCUCCGAAGCCAUCAUCGUCAUCAUCUGCAAGGUCUUCGGUAAAACAACACACAAAGUCUUUUGGCAAGGUCAAGUCAGAAGCGGGUUCUGCAGCUCAAUCACCAACCAGACCCCCCGCGAAAGCCGGCCGCCGCCGCAGCAUGGUAUCCUUGGACCAUUCGCGUAUGAAAGUGAAGCUCAGACUACCUGGUGAAAGACUAGCGCAGUUGCAAUGGCGCCAGAGGCUGGAGUUUGUGGCAGUGUAUGGAUCAUCGGUCAGAAUCAGGCUACCUAAACGCAUGCUUGGCCAAGAUGACGCUCGUGAUGUUCAUGUUCAUCGGUAUGUCAGGAUAAACACGAGAAGGAAAACUGUUGAAAUAUCAACCGACCCAUUCUUGGCCUCGGCAGUUGAAUCGGGGACACAAGAAACACAAGAGAGCGUGGCGAAUGGAUCGGCGAAACCAAUGGCUGGUCUGCCAGCACCGAAGGAAGUGCAAGUGAAAAAGGAGCCUCAGGCCACGAAUGCCAAUGGCGAGCAAGUUGAACACACUAAUGAAGAAAAAGUUGGCGCUAGUGAAGUGAGCACCAAUACCGAUACUCGCGCUCCUAUCAAGACCGAACAAGAAGAAGAAAAAGGAGGAGAAGGAGAAGUUGUUGCUGCUGACGUUUCAGAGACGAAGUCGGGAGACGGCGAUGCUGAAAAGAAUGAACCUGUUUCUGUCCUUCAAAACGACAGCCUUCAGAAUGAAGCAGACAGCUACACUUUUGCGCAUUCAGAAGAGCCGGAUUCGAAACCUGAAUCAUUUCCACCAACUACCCCAAAGGCAGAGUCUGACAACCUCCCAGAGAAAUCUGCCUCUGAGCCGAUCCGCUCGAUUUCCACUUCUCCCGAAGGCAAAGCCGACAAUACUAAACGCAAAUUCUCGCUGUCCGAGCCGUCAAACGGGGUAAGAAAGAAGCCAAAGAUCUACAUCCACUUUGGAGGCAAGAAAGGUAAAUAG